AGUCGGUGGCGCGGAGAGCAGAGGCGAGCAGAGCAGAGGAGAGGCGAGGAGAGGAGAGGAGAGGAGAGGAGAGGGCGCGCAGGGCGCAGCGGCGAAGGGCUCCCAUCGGCCGUCCGUCCGGGCCGAGCUGCGCGCUUGCUUUCGAGGGAAGGCGCCGGAGGAGGAGGAGGAGGCGUCCGUGCCGCGUCCGGGAGACGGGAUGGCUGCGGCGGCGGUGCAGCUGCUGGGCCUGGCGCUGUCCGUGCUGGGCUGGGCCGGCACGAUCCUGGUGGCCGCGCUGCCCAUGUGGCGGGUGGCGGCCUUCAUCGACGCCAACAUCGUGGUGGCGCAGACCACCUGGGAGGGCCUGUGGAUGGCGUGCGUGGUGCAGAGCACGGGCCAGAUGCAGUGCAAGGUCUACGACUCCAUCCUGUCGCUCAGCCCCGAGCUGCAGGCCGGCCGGACGCUGAUGGUGAUCGGCGCGCUGCUGGGGCUGGUGGCGCUGCUGGUGACCGUGGUGGGCGCGCAGUGCACCACCUGCCUGCGCGGCGGGCGCAUCAAGGACUGGAUCGCGGCCGUCGGCGGCGCGCUCUUCGUGGUCUGCGGCCUGCUGGUGCUCGUCCCGCCCUGCUGGUUCGCCAACAUCAUCAUCAGCAACUUCUACGACCCCAGCGUGCAGCAGUCGCACAAGCGCGAGAUGGGCGCGGCGCUGUACCUCGGCUGGGCCGCCGCCGCCCUCCUGCUGCUGGGCGGCGCGCUCAUCUGCGCCUCGAGCGCCCGCAAGGACGAGCUCUCCGCCUUCCCCGUCAAGUACGCGGCGCCCCGGCGGCCCACCGCCGCCUCCAACGGCGAGUACGACAAGAAGAACUACGUCUGAGGCUGCCGAGGCGGCGCUGGACGGCGCCGACCUCGCAGCGGCGGCGACCUGGCGGCGGCGGCGACCUCGGAGCGCAGAGACCUGGCGGCGCUGCAGCCGCGGCUUCGGGGACCGAGGGGCUGCUGGCGCUCCAGCCGCUGCGGGAGGAGGGCUGCUCGGACCGGCGGCUGGCUCUUCCCCUUCCCUGCGAACUGCUUUUUGUAUUUAAGACGUUCUGUUUUGCAAAGAAAAAAAGACACUUGCAAGAACUCUCCGUAGCAUGUUUAGGAUUCUUCGUUACUGUCGUUAGGAUUCUGCCUAGUAUUAGUCCUCAUGAAAUAAUUAGCUGCGUUGCUUCUUAAAGGAAGCAUGACGGGAUUGCACGUCUGUUUUUUAAAAAUUAUAAUGUGAGAGUUUGCACUCUGUAUUAAGAAAGAAAACAGGUGACAGUGGACUUUAUAUUGAGGGUAAUGAUUCAUUGUCCUCGUCCACGUUUGCUUCUUAAUUGGAAGCAUGGGUAGGUUACAGAAACUCACACCUCUACUUUUUAAAAAUUUUACAUAAAAUGGGAGUUUGCUCUCUUAAUUAAAGCAGAUGGUAACAGACCCUUAAUUAAGAUUAAUUUUUAAAUUCCACAUGGUUCUAUUGUUCAUGAAACUGUUGCAUUGCUUCUUAACUGGAAACCUGGGGGAUACAUAUAGAUCUGUGUUGUUGUUUAUAUUUUUAUAAAAAAGAUAAAUUGAGAGUUUACAUUCUUAAUCUCGAAACAAAACUUAUAUGGCGAUAUAUGGUCAGGUUAUCUUUGAAAAAAAAUGGCCAUCUGAAUUCUGAAGAUCUAAGCUAAAUUCCAUUGAUUUCAGUGGGUCUGCUCUGUGUAAUGCUGGAUACAGAGAACCCACUACUAUUAGAAUAAGACACCAGGGUGGGUUGUUUGGGUUCUGCCCCCACCUGAAAUGUUCCAAUCAAAGGAAUUUGUCAGUCAUUAAAAAGUAGCAAUUAAUUUAGGAUGUUAAAAGGUUGUUUUUCAAACCAUGCACUGGGGAGAAAUGAGGACUGGAUAUUUUUAAGCAAAUUUGUUUUACGGCCCUUUGCAAAUCCCAUGCAUGGGAAUAAACUGGAGUGUGUACUGUGAUUCCGGGUUGUUUUCCACUGGACCGGCUCUUGAAAUCAGUGGGACUAUGCCAGGACUAUAAUAAGUGGUCUUGUGGAUCAUGUGGUCAAACUGCUGGGUAAGGUUCUCUUUCUAGAAAUUUGCCUAAAAAGUAUUUUCUUUGAUUUUGUUAAGUGUAUGAUGUAACUAUUAAUAUUAAGCUGUGGGAUAAAAACGAUGACCUUCCUUUUUUUUAGUAACUGUUUCAGUAUUGCUUUCACCUCUGAAUAAAAUCCUAUCCCCAUUCUGAGAAUUGGUUGAGCAAUCCAUGGGUCAAAGUUUUCAUUCCAAAUCAAACUUCUGCUUAGGCGUUCACUAUGUACGAUGUUGUUUUUUCAUGGGCCUUUUUCAUGUCAAUGUGGUCAGUGCAGGGGGCCAAGCCGGUACUGGGUUUUCCGCAAUCUUAUACCAUCACUUUAUCCUCUAGUUCUCAGCAGUGUUCAAAUCAAGGAUCUUUGUAUAUUUUAUAUUUCUGAAUAUUUAUAUAUUAUAACUGCACGUAUUUUUAAUAAUGAGAUUUAAGUAAACUGUUUGCUCUGGUAGCAAAAAGCUC